CUUGUUGCCUCAUGGAAUGUGCAGAACGAUGUAUUUGACCAGGUCAUUAGAGAGUGCAAUGAGCACAAUGCACAGUUUCAGUCUUUGAUCAGAAAAAUGGUGGAGCAAAACCUAGACAUUGAAACGACAAGAAAUGAGGACCACUAUGGUGCAGCUAUCCACCAUCUUUCGCUGCUCCGUAACAAAAGAUGCCUCAUGGCUUACAUGUACAACCGAGCUGAAACUAUUCAGAGUUUUAGAUGGAAAAUUGGUCCUGUGCUUCCUCAUGAAAUACAAGAAAAGCUCCAUUUUUCAGAGAAAGAGUACUUCAAGAACCACUCUACAGCCAUUAAGUCCUACAUAUCAGAAAUGGAUAUAGAUUUAGCGGUGGACAUGGUACCCCCCAAGGAUCCUUAUAUCCAGGUUCGAGUGCUGGAGGACAUUGGUGAAGUAUCUCUUGGCGACCAUUCCAUAUCGUUGACAAAGAACUCACUACAUUUCCUAAGGCGCACAGAUGCAGAACAAUUUAUAUCACAGGGUCUCAUGGAAGAAUUUCUGGAGUAGGAAUCACAUGUGGUGUACAAUAGAGACUGCGCAAAAAGGAACGGAUAUAUGUUGUCUUCAGAUGUGAAGGCACGAGGCAACAUGAGGGAUUUCGAACUGUGAAGCUCCUGCCUAGUUGUUAGUGAUGACUUGUAGCUUUAGAUGAAUGAAUUAAACAUGUUGUAUUGUUUCGUAAUAGAAUUUUCAACUUUUUGAAAUUUUACAAGCAAUUUUCCCUAUGAUUCGUGCAGUAUGACAAGUUCUGCUUUCUG